AUGGGUCACCAUCCUCCUGCAUUUAUCAAGCUCAGUAACCAGCCAAAGAACCGUGUUACCCUAGUUGUAACAGUAUUUGGCCAGCAAAUUGUCUCCUCGCGUUCAGAGAGCAGCUACAAGGCAGCAAAAAUUGCUUUGGCUAGAGAGGCCACACAUUAUAUUAGAGGUGAUCAGACUACUUGGCCACAGAUGGUAUUUGAUGCUGGCAAUGCAGUCUUUGGAAAAAAUGGGCAAAACAUCAGCAAUCCAAGCGCCAUGCAACACCAAGCGGCUAAUUUGGCUCCGGUCACCCACAACGCCCUUAGCGCUGAUGACCAAUUAUAUCUCGAAAAGCACUUCAGACGUAACAUUAUCAGUAAAAUGGGCAGCGGCACUGGUGCUCAGGUUACAGCAGCGGCCGACCUCAUUGCUGAUUUCGUUUUAAAACUUCCUGAAAGACAAACAACGGAGUGGCAUGAAGCGAUGAGGAUCUUAACGGAGAGACCGGUCCAAAGAUUGAAUGAGGGCAGUGGCUAG